UCACAAAAGUCUUAUUACACCUGAGAAAGAAAAUAAUAAAUAUAUAUACAAAUUUAUAUAUAUAUAUAGAGAAAUAUAUAUUAAAAAAAUAAUAAAAAUUUUAUUCUUCAAUUCAGUUUUUUUUUUGUUUUUCAAAAUUAUUUUAAUUUAAAAUAAUAAUUAAUUUUUUUUCUGUGUUUAGUACUUUACUUUUCUUUUUAUUGAUUAUAUUAACACUUAAAUUGUAAUUUAAAAAAAAAAUUUAUAUUAAUUGAAAAUAUUAAACUAUUAAAAUUAGCAAUAUAGAAGCUCUAUUUAAAAAAUUAAUAUAAUAAUAUACAUGAUUAUUAUAUAAUAAAGGAAAUUAUUAUUUAAUUAAAUAUAAUUAAAACAUUAUAAAAUUAAAUUAUAAUUGAAAUAUAUUGAAUUAGAAGUGUAAAAAGAAAAAUUAAAGAAAAAAAAAACAAAUGACUAUGCAAGUGCCGGGACAUGUUGUUUCGAUGUAUGUGGCCACAUGUGGCAAAAAUGGACCAGAUUUGGGAUCGGAUGAAAAAGAAAUUAUAUUACUUGUCUAUGUAAUAAUUGAUGCAGCAACUGCACAGAUUGUCGGUGUUAAACAAUAUUUAAUUCGUCCAACUGGACGUCCUGGUCUUGAAAGAUCAAUAUCACAACAAUCAUCAACAGGAGGAAAUCAAACAACUAAUUCAACAACAGCUACAACAACAACUACAACAUUAUCAUCAACCCCAAUAAUAGUACCAUCAAAUGCAAUUGAAUCUACACCAAUUUUAGUUAAUAAUAAUAACAAUAAUAGUAAUAAUAAUAAUAAUAAUAAUAAUAAUAAUAAUAAUAAUAAUAAUAUUAAUAAUAAUAAUACUGUUAUUAAUAAUAAUAUAAAUAAUAAUUUACUUAAUAAUAAUAAUAAUAAUACUCCACUGGAUAUUCAACAACAACAACAGCAGCAGCAACAACUAAUUCAACAAAAUAAUUCAAUACCUCUUAUUCAAAAUGCUGAAUUACCAAUUGCUUUAGCUCAGGCUGCUGGAAAGCCUUUAAACGAGGCAAUUGAACAGUUUGAUGAAUACAUUCGCUCUCUAUCGAUAGAUCCAUGUUCAACUACAAAUUUUAAAUUAAUAACAGAUGGGCAAUUACCGUUAAGACAAUGCUUACAUCCAGAAGCAAGUGCCAAAGAUAUAGAAUUACCGUCAUAUUAUUGCAAAUUUAGUGAUUUACGUAAAGAAUAUGUUAGAUAUAAGUCCGCUGAUUUAUCACGUGCAUUAGUUCCUGUAAAAGAUGUUAAAAAAUUGUCUCAUAUGCCACCAUUACCUCCACCGCCUCUUAGUAUAACUGAUAUGAUGAAAGAACUUGAUUUAACAUCUGUAGAAGACAAUGAGUUUUACGUUAGAGAAUCACGUGAUAUGGUAACAGUAAUUCAGUCACUUUUAUCAGCAGGACACAAAUUUGAAGCCAACGAAAUUGUUAACAUGAUCUUAGAACCUGGAAUUUGCUCAAUUGAUGACGAAAUAGAUGGUACGUGCAUUGUUCGUGCCCGUGGAUUACCUUGGCAAAGUAGUGAUCAGGAUAUUGCCAAAUUUUUUAGAGGAUUAAAUGUUGCAAAGGGAGGCGUAGCACUUUGUUUAUCACCCUUAGGCCGUCGUAACGGUGAAGCUUUAAUUCGUUUUAUAUCACAAGAACAUCGUGAUAUGGCAUUAAAAAGACAUAAACAUCAUAUAACAAGCCGAUAUAUUGAAGUGUAUCGAGCUUCUGGUGAAGAUUUUUUGGCAGUUGCUGGUGGAGCAUCUAAUGAAGCUCAAGCAUUUUUAUCAAAAGGUGCUCAAGUUAUAAUACGUAUGAGAGGACUGCCUUAUGACUGUACAGCAAAACAAGUUCUUGAUUUCUUUACAACUGGUGAAAAUCCAUGUGAUGUCUUAGAUGGAGUUGAUGGAGUGCUAUUUGUUAAAAAACCAUGCGGUCGUGCAACUGGUGACGCUUUUGUUUUAUUUGCAAAGGAAGAAGAUGCACCUCAUGCAUUGUCAAGACAUCGUGAAUCUAUUGGGCAACGGUAUAUUGAGUUAUUUAGAUCAACAACUGCAGAAGUUCAACAAGUUUUAAACAGAUCAAUGGAUCCAAAAACUUACGAAUCAAAUCCUCCCCCUUUAAUUGCACAAUUACCGCCAGUUCAUCAUAACGUACCUUUAUUGCCUCAACGUGUUAUUACUUCUGGUACAAAGAAAAAUUGUAUUAGAUUACGUGGUUUACCAUAUGAAGCCCAAGUAGAGCACAUAUUACAUUUUCUUGAUGAUUUUGCUAAGAAUAUAAUAUUUCAAGGAGUACAUAUGGUAUUUAAUUCACAAGGCCAACCAAGCGGAGAAGCUUUCAUUCAAAUGGAUUCAGAAGAAUCAGCUCGUGUGUGUGCUUUACAAAAACAUAACCAAUUUAUGAUAUUUGGGAAGAAAUACCGCUACAUAGAAGUAUUUCAAUGCUCCGGUGAUGAUAUGAAUCUAGUAUUGAACGGGGGACUACAAUCACCAGUAACUCCUACAAAACCUGCACUUUUAUCACCUGGUAUGUUACCGCAAAUACAACAACAAGCGCCACAACAAACUGUAGUGACACAUCCUCAUCAUCAUUUGACUCAUCAUCCACCUCCUCCUUCUUCCCAAACUGUCCAACAUCCUUUAUUACCACAUCAUUCUGCUGCUGCAGUAGCUGUUUCUAAUGCUUUAGCUGCAGCAGCUUCGCACCAUACUCAUUUUACAAAUGCAGCUGCGGCAGCAAACGUACCUCACUAUGCUUUAUCAGCUCACCCGAUCGUUGCUGCUGGGCAACCUCCUAGUGCAACAGCAGGAGUCAAUGCUGCCGCUGCAGUAGCUGCUGCUGCUGCACAUGCCCAUGCUGCUGCAGCACCACAAUCGUUACUUCCUCCACAAUUUACUUUACAUACUGCUCCAAAUUUAGCACCAAACAGUGCAACUACACAGCCUCCACCACAGCUGGCUUUAACAAUACCACCACCUGCCAAUUCUGCUUUACUAGCCCAACAACAAGCUCAAUUUAUAGCUCAACAAAAUUUACUUGCCAGACAAAAUGCAGCUGCGGUAGCCGCAGCCGCUGUUGCCCAAAAUGAUUCAUUUUUAAAUGUCCCAAACAUUGCUCUCAUGCAGGCUCACCCAGGUGCUGCGAAUUUACCUGGAAGUAUGCAUCCUGCAGCAGCUGCUGCUGCGGCAGCUGCAGCUAAUUAUGGUUUGCAUCCUGCUCACCCGGCAGCUCAAGCAAACGCACCAGGUGCUCAAUCACCAUAUUUUUUUAUGCCAGCUCGACAAUUUUUUCAUUCAAUUUCACCAGCUCCAAUUGGCUUAAUGCCAACUCCGCAUGGAAUCCAUGCACUCCAACAACUUGGUGCAGCACAAAUGCAACCUCCAACUUCAACAGCAACGACUAGUGCUUCAGCCUUAUCAGUUGUACCCGCUAUGAAGCGCAGUUAUGAAAACGCAUUUCAACAUGAAAAUCCAAAUACGGCUAGUGCGCCUAAAAGACAACUAACUAGACCCCCACACGCCAAUGUUUACGGAUUUUAUCAUCCUGGAAUUUAAACAAAUAAAAAAAAAAAUAAACUCGGAAGCAUAAUCAAACUGACAAAAUGUGCAAUAUUCAUAGAAUAUUUGUAGUCUUGAUAUAUUAUCUUAAUAUAGUAUUUUGAUAAAAUACAUGUAAGAUAAUAUUUUUACUAUAAUAUAUAAAUAUUGUUUUAAUUUAAUAAUUUUUUAUUAUAUUAAAAUUAUAAAACUAUACGAAAUUAGAUUUUAAAAUCUUUUUUUUUUUUCUAGGUUUUAAAAAACCUAAUAUAAAUUUUAUACUAUAUUAAAUUUUACAUUCCAAAUACUUAGUCUUUGAAGUUGUUAACAAAUAUUUUUAAAUUUUAAUAAUGACUUUCUUUUAUUAAAGACUUAACAUUUUAUUAGUUAAUAAAUUUAUUUUUUUUUGUUUUGUUAAUAAACGAAAACAAAAAUGCGCACACUGUUAAAUCGGAAGUUAAUUGAAAUUUUAUAUUAUGUGGUUUUCAAAAUGUAUGUAUUUUAUAUUCUUAAAUCGAAUUAUAUUUCGGGAAAAUUUAGAAACAUAUAAUAGACCGAUGUCUUGAAAUUUGGGCAAGUGAGCUGAAAAGAAAUCAAACAAAAUAAUUUUAAAAUAUUUUGUUCUAAAAAUUUAUUGAAUUUUCAAAAUUUCUCAAAUAAAUUUUAUUUUUAUUUUCAUGACUCAACCUCUAAUUCCAAUAUACCUUUCCUCCUAAUUACAUGUUAAAUCCUUUUACUAUUUCAAUAUCACUUCACAUUCUUGAUCAUUUGCAAAUCGCAAUAUAAUAUUUAUAA